UACAUCUUCAAGUGGUGCGUUACUGUGUCACGUUUGUUUGACCCGAAUGACAAACUAGCUCCUUAUCAUCUAUGGUUUCGAAUGAGCACACUUCACACAUUGUUGUUGAUACGGCACCUUUUGUAAAGCGGAUACAUUUGGAGACUUUUGGUGCAAAUAUUUACACUCUACCACAAGUAGUGGCUGAAAUAAAAGAUGUUCAAACACGUGAAUAUAUGAAAUGCUUACCUUAUGUCCUGAAUUGUCAAGCGCCAGAAAAAGAGUCCGUAAAGUUUAUCACAGAUAUCGCAAAGAAGACAGGAGAUUUUUCGGUUCUUUCUGCAACAGAUAUUAGUGUAAUUGCACUAACAUAUGAAUUACAUAAGAAGUAUCUUGGAGAACCAAUACUGAAGGAAGUGAAACCUUUGCCAAAUAAUCUUGGACUCUUGGCUCGUUGUCAAGUGCCCAAAUCAAAAUCAGAAAGUGAUACAUCUGAUGAAGAUGAGGAAUCGACAACAAACGAAACACCGGAAACUCAUGAAACUGAAUCUCUUGAACCUGCUGAUGAUGAUUGGAUAACCGAAGAGAACUUUGAUGAAAAGGCUAUGACAGAUUUUGGAUUGAAACGUAAUUUUUUACCCACAAUGGAACCAAUCAAUCAAGCCCAGACAGUUAUUGUAGCUUGUCUGACAACUGAUUUCGCAAUGCAAAAUGUUCUAUUCCAUACAGGUUUGGAGAUAGUUAGCAUGAAUGGUUUACGGAUUCGACAGCCAAGAACACACCUACUCUGGUGUUGUGCAUGCUUUAAGCCUACAAAACGUAUGGACACAUAUUUUUGUCCAUGGUGUGGUCAUGGUAGAUUGCGUAGAAUCCCAGUUACUCUACAUGAAAAUGGACAGUUACAGUUUCAUUUUGCAAAAAAAUUCGUACCUAGAUUACGUGGUUUAAAACAACCUAUAAGGCAUCCAAAAGGUGGAAAGCAUGCUGAUGAACCAAUUUAUUGUGCUGAUCAACGUCUUCCUGAUAGAAGACCAGCUCGACCUAAAAAUUCGAAAGUGGUUCCUGUCGCUACAAAUGGUCUAUUAGAAUUUGAAGAUGAUGAGUUAGCUAAUAUAUUAGAAUUUCAAUGUGAUUUGAACAGUACAUCAGCAGCAUUCCCAUUAAAUGAUGUUACAAGUCGAUCUGCACUCUUUGGAAUUCGAUCUGAUCAUCAAAUACCAAGUAGAGCAUUUUUACAAGGAGGUCGCGCAGAACAUGGUCUUAAGCCAACAAGAGGUACUGGUCAUUUGACUAGACCAAGAACAGGAAAUAAGAAGAAAUAUAAAAAAUGAAUUUCUCUUUUUUAUUCAAUACUUUCUGAAUACAUCUACAUGAUA